CCUGUGACGUCCACGAGUGCGACUAUACGAGGACAAUAGUCGAGUUAGUAGAGUUCUUAACUCCCCAGACUCGGCCGGAUAUACGACAAAGAGCGCUUGAACAUGUGGUGGGCUACAGUGGCACUUCGUAUCCUCCUUCGAUUUAUUCUCAGGCAAUUUGCAAGCUAUGUGAGACCAGUGUUUCCGAUCGUCCAAAAGCACUGUGCAUCCUCACGAACUGCUCAUCUGGGUCUGUUGAAGUAGCAGACUUCAUUUUGAGUCGCUCCAGAUGCGCGCAGCUCGCGUUCGAUGCUUCGCGGUCUCGUGAAAGAUACAUGGAUUUCGCGGCUCAUCUGUUGGCGAAUCUCUCCAGACAUUUCCCAGACAGAGUGAAUGACGCUCUUGUCGAAUACGAGCCCAAUUACCUCAAUAUUCUCCUUUUCUCGUCCUCACCGGAGAAUUCAUUCGCCUGUCUUAUUGGUUACACUUUGGUGAAUCUAUCCACACUGUGUUCGGUUAGAUAUCAGUUAGUCGAUUCAAAACGAUUGAGCAGGAUAUGCCCUUUAACAGUGGUGGAGAAAAAAAAGGAAGCAGCCGCCGACAUUCUAAGGAAUCUUGCAUUCGAAGAUGCACUUCAUUCUUCGCUGGCUGACGAGUCGGACAUGUACCUGGUGUCUCUAUUGAUUCCGUUGGCUGAUUGUUCGGACAAAUUGAGUGACGAUGAAAUCGAGAAAUUGCCGCUAAGGCUACAGUACUACGAAGGAACUCGUGAGAAAUCAGUACAGAUGAGGCAGAAACUUAUUGAAGCACUUUAUCAGUUAUGUUCCACGCGAAUUUCUCGCCAGUAUCUUCGAAAACGGGGAGUGUACUCAUUGCUACGUGAAUUGGACCAAGCAACGGAAGAAGACCUGCUGACAUCGCAGCAAGAGCACACUUUACACGCUCUGAUUGCUAUUCUCAUCCGUGACGAAGAUGAAAUAAGCAGAGACUCUAAUUUUGAAAGCUUAAGAUCACUUAAUUAG